UACGCAGGUGCAUACGUAGCGACUUUCAGUUCAGAAUCCUGUCCGGUCACCUCGAGUUUGAGAAGGAGCUCGACGCGCCAGACGCGCCAGCUCUGACCAGAGCUCUGACGAUGCGCGUUCUCGUUGCAGUUGUGCAGAAGUGCAGCUUCGCAUGUUAUACAGAACGUUUCGUGGCCUCCCUUCAAUCCGAAGCACAGCACCGUCGCACCCCGAGUAGCGACAGCCCGACUCAAAAUAACAACGAGUCGCUUAUCACACCGCUAGACGGGGCAAAUCGUGCUUAGACCGAAUUCACGGCGAUGCCUUUUCACUAUGCCGCGACGGAGAAGCAAGAUGAAGGGCAGCGCUUGCUGGAGGAAACCAAGGAAACUACCGAAUUCGAGUCCCGCCUCAAGAUAGUUCACGGCGACGUUAAGUCGAAGGCGUUGCGGCUGACAUGGAAGUUCGUUCCUGCCACUCUUUCGAUUUUGCUGUUCAUCAUCGCGACCGCGGCGGUCAAAUACAGCACCUCGCCAACGAACCGCGACGCCUGGGCUCUGGCCCCAACAGUCGAUUUUCCCGAGCGCCUUUCGAAAUCCGUGCUCCCUUCAGUUUACACCUUGGACUUCGCUGUAGAUCUAUCGUCUCUGGUGUUCGUGGGAAACGCGUCCAUCACAAUGAAUGUGCUGGAAGCGACCGAUGUCAUAAGAUUUCACGCCUCGCCAACUUUGAGUCUGUUGGCUCUUAGCGUGUCGCCAAACACCGAGCUUGGCGGUAUAUCCUUACUCAAUACGACGAGAGAUGGCGAUACGGUGACCGUCAAGACCAGCCACGUGCUCUCCCCUGGAAACUACACGCUACGGUCUACGUACGGCGGCAACAUCGGAAACAGAACGAUGAGGGGUUUCUAUGCCAGCUACUAUGAAGAUAGCAACAGCGGAGUCUCUCGGGUGGUCGCUGCGACUCAUUUCGAGCCCAUCGGUGCGCGUCUUGCGUUUCCUUGCUUUGAUGAACCUGCAUUGAAGGCACAAUUCGACAUCUCAAUAACUGUGGAGGAAGGAGAUUCAGCCGUAUCGAACAUGCCGGUUGAAUCCAUCGAAGACCACCAGGGAAGAGGCAUCUUGCGAAGCUUUACAUUUGCGAGAACGCCAUUGAUGAGCACGUAUCUGGUCGCGUGGGGCAUUGGAAAACUGUCCCGCGUGGAAGCCACCACACCUGACAAAAAAGUGAAGCUUACGGUCUAUACGCAACCCGGGCGUGAGAUCGAAGCGCAGGCUUCGCUGAGGAUAGCUCUUUCGAGCCUCGACUUCUUCCAAAAUCUUUAUGGCAUCCCAUACCCUCUUCCGAAACUUGAUCUCUGGCCGAUGCCCGACUUUUCAGGCGAAGCCAUGGAGAACUUCGGACUGAUGAUUUUCGAGGACGUCCUCAUGAUGGUCGAACCAUCGUCGCCUAGAAACCAUCUGAGGACGACGGCGUUGCUGGUGGCGCAUGAGAUAGCUCACCAAUGGUUUGGGGAUUUGGUCACUAUGAGAUGGUGGGAUGACUUAUGGUUGAAUGAGGGAUUCGCCGAGUUUAUGCAGUACCAAGCAGUGUACCACGGCCACUUUAGGUGGGAUCUGGACGAUGAUUUCUUCCCAAUGGAGCAUAUACCAGCGUUCAUUGCCGACUCCACGUCGUUUAGUCACCCCAUAGCAGCGGAGAUUCAGGACCCAAGUCAAAUACCGAUGUACUUUGACGACAUCACAUAUGAUAAGGGUGCGGCGGUUCUCCGAAUGCUCGAGAAUUAUCUGGAGACAGAGGCGCCGGGAGCAUUCUCAAAGGGGCUUACGCACUAUCUCACACAACAUGCCUACGGUACCGCAAAUACCAAACAGCUCUGGGAAUCGCUCGACUCCGUCCUGCCGAGGAAGGACGGCAUCAUCGAAAAAAUGAUGGACACGUGGGUUACGCAGCAAGGAUACCCUGUUCUGACCGUCCGAUUUGAGGACGAUGCUCUUGACGUCCAACAAUGUGCCUUCUCUCUUUGGCAUGGAUACUCGGAGUGCCAAACGAAGACCAGCUGGGUCAUACCUAUCACAUGGAGAGUAGUCACGGCUGAGAAGGUGUCCGCCGGAGUUCUACAGGACAGAAGCACCUCUUUCGCUCAACAGGAGUCAUGCGAUGUCCUGCAAAUCAUCAAUCCGAAGCGGCCUGGCUUCUAUCGGGUGCAGUAUACCUCUGACCAGUACGCUCGGCUCGCCGCGCAUCUAGAACAGCGUCAUACGGACUUUGACCGAUCGGACAGAGCCGGUCUCGUGUCGGACGCGAUUGCGCUGAUGCUCAGCAACCGCGUCGCCUAUAGCGAUGUCGUAUCCUUGCUCGCGUUCUUGCAGCAGGAUGAAACGUCGGCAAUCGUAUGGGAGGUCGCGUUGGCUGGGUUCCGCGACGUGGAGCUUGCUCUGCGAAAUCAUGAGACCGCCUUACGGAACUGGGUCUACUGUACCCUGUUAUUGAUGGACAAGGUUAUAUGGUCAGUGGGGUGGCGCGAGGAAGCGGCAAAGAACGUCUUUAGAAACGGGCACGUCGAUCGGGAGGAGCGAGAGGAGAUGCGACGAGGUAUCAUUGAAUGGGCCAUCCUUCAUUUCGAAGAGUCGCACCCACUGGUGCAAGAAGGUUUUCAGUUCUAUGAGGACCUCCUUUCCGGAAAGAUAGAGGUCGGUCUUCCCGCGGACAUGUAUGAGCUGGUCUACCUGAACGCCAUACGGCAUCGAAAGGAUGCGUUCCGUGAGAUUCUGGAAGUCUACACGAAGAAGCAGAAACGCGUUCUGCCCGGGGAUCUUCUCAGAGCGCUGUCGUCGACUUCAAAUCGGGGUCAACAGGCUCAAAUCUUCGCAGUCGUAUCUGAAAUGUCAUUACGCGAGCAACUACAAUUUGCGGAUGUUGUGUCCCAUCAACUGCACUCGUGUGAAAUUCUUGUCCGCGAGUACCUCGACAGCAAACCAAACAGGUUGGUGUCGGCGGCGCUAGGACGGUCGAUCGCUCGUUGUGAUGAUCGCCGAACUGUGGCAAAGAUCCGGCAGUUUGUCGGACAAGAGAAUGCCGAUACGGUGCGAAUUAGCGCUUUGAAGGCUGGGUUGGAACGCCUUGAUGCGUUUGCUGCGUUCGGGAAAGUUCAUCAUAGCGCAUUUGACGUCGCUCGAUAGUUUUGAAUGUAGCAGGGAGCCCAAUAUGUAUCUAAGCGCCAAAACUACUGUAACCGUAUAU